AUGCGGCGCGUCUUCCUCCUCUUCCUUCUUCACCUCCUCGCCACCCUCGUCACGGCCGAUCGCGUCCAUCUUCCUCACGAUUAUCGAGACGAACGCCUGGACGACGACGACGACGCUUUGCAACGAGAGGAAUCCAUCGAUUAUUUCUCAUCCAGAAGAUUCCACGGCGUCGACGCCGCCGACGGCGGCUCGAGCGGGUGGAUUGAAAAAAUCAGCGAUUCGCCUCGAGCGUACGUCUUUCGCGAGUUUCUCACCGACGCGGAGUGCGAUCGGGUGAUCGAACGGGCGUAUCCCACGAUGGAGGCGUCGGAGGUGACGGAUGACGACUCGGGCGAGGCGCGCCCGGACGACGCGCGGAGCUCCAUCGGCGGAUGGGUCUCGGGCGAUGACGAUGAGGUGAUACGGAACAUAGAACUGAGAGCGUCGACGUGGGCGAUGUUACCGAUGAAUCGUGGAGAGACGAUGCAAGUGUUGAGGUACGAGAAGGGACAGAAAUACGACGCGCACGACGAUUUCUUCCACGACGAGCACAACGUGAAGAAUGGCGGACAGCGUGUGGCGACGAUUUUGAUGUACCUCAGCGACGUCGAAGAGGGUGGAGAGACGGUUUUUCCGUUGGGGACGCCUCUGGGAGGGAGAGAUCCGGAGAAGAGCGGGGUGACGGGGGAUAACGCGUGCGAGCUCGCGAGUCAAAACGACCCGCGGGUGUUGGCGGUGAAACCGCGGCGCGGGGACGCGCUUCUCUUCUUCAACGCGCAUUUGAGCGGUGAAAUGGAUGAAAAGGCGAAUCACGCCGGUUGUCCGGUCAAUCGUGGGACGAAGUGGACGAUGACGCGCUGGCAUCGAGUUGGAGCGAUCGGUGUCGGAACGUUCGCGUCGGAUCCGAAAGCAACCAGCGACUCUGAACAGCCACAUGCGCCCGCGGGAGAGCCUUAG